CGGGGAAGCAUCGACACAUCUAUCUAUCAUCACACGUACACGGCCGUCCAUUCAUCCGGGCUGCCACAGUGUUUCAUUCCCUCAAAGCUCGAGGCGUCUUCUGUCCGGCAGUGUCCUCAUGCUCAUCGUGUCCAUCGGAUUGACCUCCGCCCCACGUCAGGUCCGUAAGGUCCUCCGGCUCGUCAUAGUCCACCCACGUCUUGUCAACACCACCACCCGCACUCCUGUCCACUGCGUCAUAGUCCGUGUCAUCGUAUUCGCCCGUCGUGUCGGGUGCCGAGCCCUCUCCAUCGCUCUCGGUACCUUGAGUGUCUCGACGGCUGCUGACGGUGAUCCGCCGCGCGGCGGACUGAUGGCGAUUUUGCGGGCGCGUCCAAUUGAUGGCGAAACCUGAGUGUAAAGAGGCAAUGAUGGAUGGACGGUUUGUGGUGGGAGCGAGUUGAUGGCUUACCAACGUUCUCGGGCAGGUCCGCUUCUGCCUCUGACUGGGCCCCUGCACACGUAUAGAGGAUGUAUGUAUGUAUCAGCCAUGCAUGCACACGUCCACUCCUUUUGAAAAUGUCCGAACUGACCUUCGUCGUCAGUGCUCUGAUUGACACCAUCACUCCAACCGCUGACUGACCGCUGGAGAAAGAACAGAGUGGACGCACCCACCGAUCCAAGGUGUUACAUCUCACCUCCCCGCCCACCUUGGUGUUGGUCGACGUGACUCGGCCCAGAUCAUCCACCUGGUCGCGUGCGCCCAACACAUGCAGCUGGCGACCCACCGGGGCACCACCACCACCACCACCGCCACCAGCAUCGUCAGUUGUUGUGCGCAUCCCUGUGCGUGAGAGGGCGGCCGUCAAGUCGUGCGGGCCACCCGUGGCUGUGCUCGCAGCCACGUCAAGGGAGGGGGAUAUAGGGAGCUUCGUCAGUGACGGCAGGAUGCCCUGAUGGAUGAAAUCAAUGACACCGAGAAGAAGACCAAAUGCAUCGACGAAGGAUGCAUACGUACAUGUGUUAUACAAACAGGGUGACGUACGUGUAGUGUGUCGUAUAGCGCGUCCCUCCUCUCCGCGAGUGUGUUGAGUCUGAGCCACGGCUUGCGACGCAUCCCCACCCAAUGCCAACCCAUCGAAUGCAAGUGACGCGCCUAACAUCAAGCGGCACAGAGAUGCAUACCAGAAAAGGGAGCAUUCCUCCCUGGCUGUCUGUCUAGCUUACCUUGAGUCUGAUGGGCCCCAGCAGCUCUCCCGUGAGUGGACAGUAAUCCCCCUCGCUCAACAGAUCCAAUGCGACCUUGCCCGGGCCGGCAUCUGGUGGCCCACUUGGCAAUAUCCACACACCAGAAACACGGGCAUUAGAAACAUCCAUUUGUACACUUUGCACAAUUGGGUGUUUGCUUCCUCACGUGAUUCGCGCGUCGCAUCUGUAGGGCCCCUUUUGCUUGAGCAGCGUUACACAUCCCUCCAGGCCAAGGCUCUCCAGACAUAACAGCAGCUGCUCGUGAUAGGACUUCACGGAGACACAUAGACGAAUAUGUGCGUAUACGCGCACUUGUAAGAGCCAGCGGACGAAUGGAUCGCUGUGCAUGUGCAUCCGUGAAGUGGCCAGGUAGGUAAGUUACUCACUCGUUGUGGUUUGUCCAUGAAUGCCUCGUUGUAUCUGCUAAGCAGCAGCUGGAGCGACUGGGGGGCGUGACACGCCAACUCGGGGAACUGCAAUGAAUUCCACCGCACUGUGCGUCCCUUGGAUCUUCUUGCCUGCCUGCCUACGUGCUGACCUCCACUAGAAUGGUGAAUGUGAGGCGGUUCAUCUGGGUGAAGCGCUUCACGGGCGUCCCCUCCAUCUGCACGAAUGUCAGUCACCCACCAGGCAAAAUGUCGUCGUGUGAGCGCGUCAUGUGACAGUGCCGCUGUUGCUGACCGUCUCCGACUUGACGAAAUAGGCAAGCAGGCGCCCGAAUAGGUCCUGAAAACAACCGACCAACCAGGAUGUGCAUAUGAGGCGUCACCCCUAUCCACUUAUCCACCCAUCCAUCCACUCAUCCAUCCAUCCAUCCAUCCGUACCAGCCGGAAGUGUCCCGCCAGGAUGAAGCCAUCGAGGAGGUUGGCCACCUGUUGACACGUGAACCCGCUCUGGCGGCACAACACAACACAACACGAUACGACAUAUGCAAACCAACACCACCAAUGGGCACGUGGAUGCAUGUCCUCACCUCGAGGUCCAUGGCCUUGUCACCGAUGGCGUCGAGUGUUGCCUCGUCGCGAAGGCCAACCUUGCCGUACGCGUGGGCCACGUUGGCCAGCUCCAGAGUGCCCGCAUACUCCAACCGACUCUGACGUAGCAUGCACCACGAGCACAAAACAAGUAUGAUCGAAAUGAGACCAUAGAUGGGGAUGGGGGCGGUUUGGUGGUUCUCCAUUUGUGUCCGUACCCUGAAGGUUCUGCCCAGGGCCUCCCACGCCUCCACGUCUCGGACACCCAGCCGACCUGCACAUGCAUAUCACAGACACUCAGAGAAGAUGAAGGGCAUAAUUCCCUCUCCUCCUCGCUGCCUCUCAACCGAGUGUGCAUGCAUACCAAGGGCCCAUGCCGCCUGUGCAAGUGCAAUCCUAGGGAACGCCUGUGGCGCCCUCCUCAGCCUGUCGGCCGCAGCCCUCAACAGGUCGUUCUGGCGAAUGCUCAGCCGCCCGUAGGCAUACAACAGGAUCCCCAACCAAUGGCUGUCCAGCCGCGCAAACCUCUCAGCACUGCCCCCCACCUCCUUGCCCAGGCGCUUGAGCAAGGCCUCGUUCGGCAACUGCCACUUGGCGAAUGAGAGAGCUAGCAGAGCCACGGAUUGGUCGUCGAGCGUGUGAAGCAGGCCGGACAGGUGCUGUGUGGCGCGUCUGACGGUGACGAGUGGCAGGUAGCCCAGGCAGGCGAACUGGAAUAGGGUGGCGAUGACGCCUUUGGGUGAGGUGAAGUGGAGCUUGUCUCGCAGACGACGGGAGAGGGACCGUAGCACCUUGGAAUACAGUACCUGCCGGCUCUCGAUCUCGCUAAAGUUCCGCAGCAAUCGAUACUGCACCCAUGGCGACAAAUUCAUCAUGACAGAAACGUACAGUGGCCCUUUGGUGCCAUCCUUCCCAACCUGUUCGUGUCUUUGUCUCUUCUGCAUUCUGUCUCUGGUCCACUGGCUAGCCUUGUGCAUGGCCUCUCGCGAUGGCUUGAGGCCGUACUUGCGCAUCGCGUAAGCCACACACGCGAUGUCGUGCUCGUUGAGCAGAUGCCGCUCGGACAGCACGAAGCGCAGCAGCUCAUUCAGGUGAAUCUUGCGCACCUUGGCCCGGUGACGCGCCAACGCAUGAAGGCUCAGACACACCUGCGAGAGACUGAUGCCUGAAGACAGCCAGCGGCACAGCACAGCCACAUAUAUACAUACAUGCUCAUGUUCGUGUGGGAUGUGGUGCUUUUUUUACCUACCUGCAAGCGAUGCACUGGGGCUCUUGCAGUGCCUUCUCAGGUGGUAGGCCACUUGUGUCCACAGGGAUGGCCGUCGGAUGUGCAGUUUGCGCGCCGAGAGCGCAAGGGCCAGCAGCUGUGCCGGAGACAAAUUCGCUACGCCACUCUCGACGCUGCGCACGAGCUCGGUGAAGCGCUCAUCUUUGUGCAGCUGACUCGCCUGCAUACUCAAGACACAGGCAAGAGAGAUAGAUCACUCAUUGUGCUCGGUCUGUGUGCAUAUCCCGUCCAUCCCUAGGUGGCGGCUGUCCUUGCCCACCUUGAAUGUGGUCCUUGUGAGUUGCUGGAGGUGGUAGAUCUUGAGUGAGAGCUUUGUUGUGGCGUCGUACUGGCCCACCUGAUGCAGCACCGUGCGGACUGUCUUCUCCUCGUCGCGACUGAUGAAUGGACGCGUGAAGGGCGGCACCACGCGAAGCAAUGCUGGGGAAGAGGGCUGGCUCACAGCAAGGGAGGUCGUGAGCCGUCGGAACUGCAGUGUUGACGCUCGGAUCUUGCAUGCCGGAGGCCGCUCGCCGCUCACACGCCAUGAUGGAUGCCGCAUGGGAAUUCACUUGCCCUCGCUUAGCUCGCAGACGAACGGCAAGGAGAAAGGACAAACGAACGGAAAUAGAAGGCUCUGAAGCACGAGCUGGGCAUCGAGACCGCUCCCUGUGGUCAUUUCAUUGGUCCGGCAGUCAUUUCACUUGUUCCUGUGUCUCCCCUGUCGCCGCACUCGCACUACAAGCGGUACAUUGCCAGAAAACUGACCCGGGGGGGUGGGAAACUGUGUUCUGUGCGGAAAACCGGGGCCCCAUGCGGAAAACUGAGCCAGGGGCCCGGAAAACUGGUGAUCUGCAGUGAAAAACUGAGGCCCUGAGUGGGAAACUGGCCACCUGCACUGGAAAACUGGUGAUCUGCAGUGGAAAACUGACCACCUGCGUGGAAAACUGGUGAUCUGCAGUGGAAAACUGGCACUCCCACGUGGAAAACUGGUUUUCUGCCGCCUGUACCCAGUUUUCCAUUGCCUGAUGCCAGUUUUCCAGUCAAUGUGCCAGUGUUCCAAUAGAUAUGCCAGUUUUCCAAUGAAUGUGCCAGUUUUCCGAUGAUUCCGAUGAAUGUGCCAGUUUUCCAGUAGAUACACUCAAGAUCUAACGCAGCACGCACCAGUCAAUGCUUUCUGAAGUCAGUGAGAGAGUUGGAGAGAGCGCGGGCGUGCAGCAGGAGGGAGAGAGACACAGGGCAAGGAUGGCCGGCCGGCCGUCAAUAAAAGACGGUGUCCGCUCGAUGCACCCAUCCACUCACUCAGUCAUCGAUCAUCAGUACCUGCCAUCAUCAUCCUCGCCCUCCCCGUGCACCUCCAACAGAGGGCAGAGAGCCACCGCACUUCGGAAAAGUGGCACAUUCAUCGGAAUCAUCGGAAAACUGGCACAUUCAUUGGAAAACUGGCAUAUCUAUUGGAAAACUGGCACAUUGACUGGAAAGCUGACAUCAGGCAAUGGAAAACUGGGUAGAGAGACUGGAAAACUGGGUAGAGACAGUGGAAAACUGGCAUCAGGCAAUGGAAAACUGGGUACAGGCGGCAGAGAACCAGUUUUCCACGUGGGAGUGCCAGUUUUCCACUGCAGAUCACCAGUUUUCCACGCAGGUGGUCAGUUUUCCACUGCAGAUCACCAGUUUUCCAGUGCAGGUGGCCAGUUUCCCACUCAGGGCCUCAGUUUUUCACUGCAGAUCACCAGUUUUCCGGGCCCCUGGCUCAGUUUUCCGCAUGGGGCCCCGGUUUUCCGCACAGAACACAGUUUCCCACCCCCCUGGGUCAGUUUUCUG